CAACCCUUUCAACAACACCUCUUCCUUCCUUCAAUCCACACCAUCAAAUCCUUUGGUGGUUCACACCUUGGCUGAGGAAAUUGGCCAAAGCUGGUGAAAUCUCAACCGUCCGAUGAGACUACCGAUCGGCGACCCCUCAUCAUGGGGUCGUCUGUGGCCACACAUACUACUGGCCUUUGCAAUCAUCUUCUUGUCUAGCAAUGUAGAAGCUACCGGCGAGCCGUACAUUUACGCCUCGCCACCACCACCAUAUGAGUAUAAGUCGCCGCCACCGCCGUCGCCUUCCCCUCCACCACCAUAUUACUAUAAAUCACCACCACCACCGUCUCCGUCACCCCCGCCACCUUACUACUACAAAUCGCCGCCUCCUCCGUCUCCGUCUCCGCCACCACCUUACUACUACGAGUCACCACCACCACCUGAAAAGUCCCCUCCACCACCGUAUUACUACAAAUCUCCUCCACCACCCUCUCCAUCUCCACCACCACCUUACUACUACAAGUCACCACCACCACCUGAAAAAUCCCCUCCACCACCAUAUUACUACAAAUCUCCUCCACCACCCUCUCCAUCUCCUCCACCACCUUACUACUACAAAUCUCCACCCCCUCCUGAGAAAUCUCCUCCACCACCAUACUACUACAAAUCUCCUCCACCACCCUCUCCAUCACCACCACCACCUUACUACUACAAAUCUCCACCACCUCCUGAGAAAUCUCCACCACCACCAUACUACUACAAAUCUCCACCACCUCCUGAGAAAUCUCCACCACCACCAUACUACUACAAAUCUCCACCACCUCCUGAGAAAUCUCCUCCACCACCAUACUACUACAAAUCUCCACCACCUCCUGAGAAAUCUCCUCCACCACCAUACUACUACAAAUCUCCACCACCGCCGUCUCCAUCUCCACCACCUCCUUACUACUACAAAUCUCCACCCCCACCGAAGGAAUAUCCAACACCACCAUACUACUACAAAUCUCCACCCCCGCCAAAGGAAUAUCCAACACCACCAUACUACUACAAAUCUCCACCACCACCAUCUCCCUCUCCACCACCCCCUUACUACUAUAAAUCCCCACCACCACCAUCACCAUCUCCUCCACCGCCUUACUACUACAAGUCACCACCUCCUCCUUCACCCUCACCUCCACCACCAUACUACUACAAGUCUCCCCCACCACCAUCACCGUCUCCGCCGCCACCUUACUACUACAAGUCUCCCCCACCACCAUCACCAUCACCACCACCACCUUACUACUACAAAUCUCCACCACCACCUUCCCCAUAUCCACCACCUCCAUACUACUACAAAUCACCACCACCUCCAGUGCCAGUCCCACACCCACACCCACACCACCACCCCCUCAUCGUGAAGGUCGUCGGAAAGGUUUACUGCUACCGAUGCUACGACUGGAAAUAUCCCAAGAAGUCCCAUGACAAGAAACAUCUCAAAGGUGCUGUUGUGAAAAUCACGUGCAAGGCUGGAGACAAAGAGAUUGUAGCCUAUGGCAAGACCAAGAUCAAUGGAAAAUACAGCAUUGCUGUGGAAGGCUAUGAUUAUAUGAAAUAUGGAGAUGAGGCUUGCAAGGCCAUGCUCCAUGCACCACCAAAGGACUCCAAGUGUAACAUCCCCACAAACCUCCAUUAUGGCAAGAAAGGGGCCAUGCUCAAAGUGAAAUCCAAAACCCAUGAAGAGGUUGUCCUUAAAGCCAAGCCAUUUGCCUAUGCACCCAAGACCCCGUACAAGGAAUGCGAGAAACCUAAGCCAAAACCACCUACUUACUACUACAAAUCCCCACCCCCACCCACACCCACUUACUACUACAAGUCGCCACCACCUCCCCCGCCGACGUACUACUAUAAGUCUCCACCACCACCAGUCUACUACUACAAGUCGCCACCACCUCCCCCGCCGACGUAUUACUACAAGUCUCCACCACCACCAGUCUACUACUACAAGUCGCCACCACCUCCCCCGCCGACAUACUACUACAAGUCUCCACCACCACCAGUCUACUACUACAAGUCCCCACCUCCACCAUCGCCAUCUCCCCAUCCUUACUACUACAAGUCCCCACCUCCACCAUCUCCAUCUCCCCAUCCUUACUACUACAAGUCCCCACCUCCACCAUCGCCAUCUCCCCAUCCUUACUACUACAAGUCCCCACCUCCACCAUCUCCAUCUCCCCAUCCUUACUACUACAAGUCCCCACCUCCACCAUCGCCAUCUCCUCCCCCUCCUUACUACUACAAGUCACCACCACCUCCCCCACCAACAUACUACUACAAGUCUCCACCACCACCAGUCUACUACUACAAGUCCCCACCUCCACCAUCGCCAUCUCCCCAUCCUUACUACUACAAGUCCCCACCUCCACCAUCGCCAUCUCCUCAUCCUUACUACUACAAGUCCCCACCUCCACCAUCGCCAUCUCCCCAUCCUUACUACUACAAGUCCCCACCCCCACCAUCGCCAUCUCCUCCUCCUCCAUACUACUACAAGUCCCCACCCCCACCAUCACCAUCACCCCCUCAUCCCUACUACUACAAAUCCCCACCACCCCCAUCACCAUCCCCACCACAUCCAUACUACUACAAAUCCCCACCUCCCCCAUCGCCAUCUCCACCACCACCCUACUACUACAAAUCCCCACCACCUCCAUCUCCAAGCCCACCACCUCCCUACUACUACAAGUCCCCACCCCCACCAUCGCCGUCUCCUCCUCCUCCAUACUAUUACAAAUCACCUCCACCACCAAAUCCAUCUCCACCACCUCCCUACUACUACAAGUCCCCGCCCCCACCAUCACCGUCAUUGCAUCCUCCCUACUACUACAAAUCCCCACCCCCACCAUCGCCAUCUCCUCCUCCCCCUUACUACUACAAAUCCCCACCUCCACCAUCACCAUCUCCACCACCACCCUAUUACUACAAAUCUCCUCCUCCCCCAUCACCUUCACCACCAACACCUUAUUACUACAAGAGCCCACCACCUCCCUCACCAUCUCCUCAUCCAUACUACUACAAGUCCCCACCUCCACCAUCACCCUCACCACCACCACCCUAUUACUACAAAUCUCCCCCUCCCCCAUCACCAUCCCCACAUCCAUACUACUACAAGUCCCCGCCACCCCCAUCACCAUCUCCACCCCCUCCUUACUACUACAAGUCUCCACCUCCACCAUCGCCAUCUCCUCCCCCUCCUUACUACUACAAGUCCCCACCCCCACCAUCACCAUCUCCUCCCCAUCCUUACUACUACAAGUCUCCACCGCCACCAUCCCCAUCUCCUCCUCCUCCAUACUACUACAAGUCCCCACCCCCACCAUCACCAUCACCCCCUCCUCCCUACUACUACAAAUCCCCACCACCCCCAUCACCAUCCCCACCACCUCCAUACUACUACAAAUCCCCACCUCCCCCAUCACCAUCUCCACCACCACCCUACUACUACAAUUCCCCACCACCUCCAUCGCCAUCUCCGCCACCUCCCUACUACUACAAGUCCCCACCCCCACCAUCGCCAUCUCCUCCUCCUCCCUACUAUUACAAAUCACCUCCACCACCAGAUGCAUCACCACCACCUCCCUACUACUACAAGUCCCCGCCCCCACCAUCACCGUCACCGCCUCCUCCCUACUACUACAAAUCCCCGCCCCCACCAUCACCAUCUCCUCCUCCCCCCUACUACUACAAAUCCCCACCACCACCCUCACCAUCCCCUCAUCCAUACCUCUACUCCUCCCCUCCCCCUCCAAUCCACUACUAAGCUUGAGACACCUCCUCUAUUCCCACCCUUGCAAAUCAUGUCUUGAAUGGGCCACUAAAAUAAGGGAAUGCUUCAAGAAAAGGAGCUUGUUAGGAUUUCAAAAUAAGGGUCUUCACCAUGCAAUGACUAGUUUUUACAAUCUUGAUGAUGAUAUGGACCUAAAAGCUUCUUCAAUGGUGGC